CAUAGAAACGAACAGGAAGUUUACAGACAGACUUAGCAUCGGGAAACAUCCAAGUUAAGGAGAUUGUUAAUCGUUUAAACAUUUUAUUCUGUAAUUAACGAAUAAAACAGAAUAGUUUUGUUUUACAUACAUGUACAGCUACACGUAACAGUAUUUUUUAGCUGGUUUUGACCGUUCAAAGUGUUUCUUCAGUCAAAGUUAGCCGCACAGCUAAUGCUGCGCUUGCCUGCCGCUGAGUGAAAUGUUCAAAGCAAAAAUUCUCUUUAUUGGUCCCAGUGAGAGUGGGAAAACAGUUCUUGCAAAUGUUCUUUCUGACACGACCGAAAAUGUGGGAGGUGAAUACAGACCUACUGAGGGAGUCAGGAUACUGGAAUUUGAAUCACAACCCGAAGGCAGUGGUGACAACAAGACAUGCGAGGUUGAACUUUGGGACUGUUCUGGAGAUUUCAAAUUUGAAUCAUGCUGGCCUGCGUUCAUGAAGGACUCCUGUGGUGUUGUGAUCAUUUUUAAUCCUGAUGUUCCGAGUCACCUCAAAGAGAUAGAGACGUGGUAUUCCAUGUUCAUCUCCUCUCAGGGUUUGCUGGACAAUCAGUGCCUACUCAUUGCUCACCACAAACCUGGCAGCGAAGUAGAAGACAAACGCUUGCCUUUAGCCUCUCAUCUGAGCAGACUGCCGCUUAUUCACUCCAACGUGGAGGAGGAGCCGGAGGAUGUGAGGCAAAGUUUCUGCAGAUACUUGGGAAACGUUGUAAAUACAAUGUCAGAGAGUCGAGAGCGAGAGGAGAUGUCGAUCAUUACAUAGCAACAACGUCUUUUCAUAUGAUAUACUGCUAAAUGAACAGAAGUGUCUGCAUUUGCACUCUAAAUGAUCUUCUUGGACACUUUUCAUUUUCAAGUUACUAUAUAGUUAAUAUUAUUCUACUGAGCGUGAAACCUCUCAAGCCUUUGUCACUUUGAGCUAUAGCAUCUUUCAAGGAGACGUUCUUGUUCAUUUAUUGUCUUUGGUGAAUAAAAUAUAGUUUUUCUCAA